AUGGCGACGACGAGCUCCACUACCAGCUCCGUGGAGCUGUUCAUGGUGCUGUCCAACAAGAGCGGGCGGCAGAACCUCGGCACGUACUUGCGCACGGCCUCCGCCUUCGGGACGACCCAAGUUUUGGUCGUCGGCUCCGAGCGCUUUGGGACGCAUGGCGCUCACCGCGCGCAGAAGUACGUGGACGUCGUGCAUAUGUACGACUUUGCAGAGGCUCGCGCGUACCUGAAAGCCAAGGGCUGCACCAUCUUCGGCCUGAGCAAGCAGUCGCAAGAGUCUUAUGCGGCGCACGCCACGCCCUAUGAAGGAACCAGCGCAUUCGUCAUCGACAACGAGUUCCCUGGGCUCUCGGAGGAACAGCGCGCUAUCUGCGACCACUUCGUCCACGUUCCGUUCCACGGCGAGCAAAUGGAGGCUUCCAGCGAGCUGACGCUGGACACCACCGUCGUUACUGCCAUUACGCUGCACCACUUCACGGCGUUCGCCCAAUUCCCAGUGCGCGCAAUUGAAGCUACUAGCACUCAGGGCAAGUUCGUGCUGGACGCAUACCCGACGUUCGACCCGACUCAGAACAAGCGUGGCGAGGAGAAGGCGGCCAUGCGUGAGGCCAAGCGCGCUAAUGCCGAUGACGGACUCUCGGAAGGUGACGGACUUGGCGGCAUGUUUGAGUGA